AUGAAUAAAUUAUACACUAGCAUAAAUAAAUUGAAUGUUCAUGAUCAUGUAAUUUGCGGUUGCUCUUUAAAGAAAACAUAAAUUAAAUAUUUAUCAAUUGCUUUAAUUUAAUAAUUUCAUUAAAAUUGGGCACAAAUUUAACUAAUUUAAUUAGUUUAAUUUGAAAAUGGAUUCAAGUCCAUUAUUUAAAUCACUUUAAAAAAAAUCUCGUUUAUUAUCUUAAAAUAAAGUAAAUUUUUCAUCUUCUCGUAAUCAUAUAAUUCUAAUCUAAAUUUGUUAAAUAGUUUUACAUUACUUUUAUCGAAUGAAUCUUUAAUUAAAUUUAAUAUCAAUAACUAACUCAAACAAGUAAUAAAUAAAUUUACAAAUAUUAAGUUCCUUGACUUUAAAUCAACUAUUUAUUAAGAAAAGUACUUUUGGAUUGGAUUUUAUUUGCUUUAAUAUUAAGAGAACGAGAUUUUACUAUAUUUAACAUCUUAAUAAAUGUAUGAAAAAUUAAAAAAUAAUAUCUCUCAUUUAUGUAGUUUAAUAAAGAUUUAAUCAAAAUAUAAUAAUGCUUCAGCAUUUUUUACUAGAUUAAGAAGUUAUGAAAAUCCAAAACCUUAUAUAUUUAUCAGUUUAUUUAAAUACAUAAUUAAGAUCAAAAAUAAUAAUAUCAUAAUAUAAUUGAAGUAAAUAAUCGAUACAAUAUUCUUUAGAUUUAUAAAAAAUAUUACAAAAACAAGUGAUUAUGUAAAGAUUCAAAUUUUAAUGGCAGAUUGA